CCUUCACUUUCUGCGGGCUGCCCGAGUGGACUGCGUUCCCGCCUGCUUGGCAGGGGGAGGACGCGCGGUGGCGGCGGCGUCACAUCCCGGCGUAUGAGUGAGUUCCGGUAUUUCAGGGCGGAGCAGGCGGAAGUAGGGUGAAAAGCGGCUACAACGCCGAGCGGAGGAGGUAGGAACCUGAUUUCCAGAAGCAGCUUGUAGGCACCAUGGCCGGGACCACCACCAUCGAGGCGGUAAAGCGCAAGAUCCAGGUUCUGCAGCAGCAAGCUGAUGAUGCGGAGGAAAGGGCCGAGCGCCUCCAGCGGGAAGUGGAGGGAGAAAGGCGGGCCCGGGAGCAGGCUGAAGCUGAGGUGGCCUCCUUGAACCGCAGGAUCCAGCUGGUUGAAGAGGAGCUGGACCGUGCGCAGGAGCGCCUUGCCACUGCUUUGCAGAAGCUGGAGGAAGCAGAGAAGGCUGCUGAUGAGAGUGAGAGAGGUAUGAAGGUGAUUGAAAAUCGGGCUCUAAAAGAUGAAGAAAAGAUGGAACUCCAGGAAAUCCAGCUAAAGGAAGCAAAGCACAUUGCAGAAGAGGCCGAUAGGAAGUAUGAAGAGGUGGCUCGUAAGUUGGUGAUUAUUGAAGGAGACUUGGAACGCACGGAGGAACGUGCUGAGCUGGCAGAGUCCCGUUGCCGAGAGAUGGAUGAACAGAUCAGACUGAUGGACCAGAACCUGAAGUGUCUGAGUGCUGCUGAAGAAAAGUACUCUCAAAAAGAAGACAAGUAUGAAGAAGAAAUAAAGAUUCUUACUGAUAAACUCAAGGAGGCAGAGACCCGUGCUGAGUUUGCUGAAAGAUCGGUAGCCAAGCUGGAGAAGACCAUUGAUGACCUGGAAGACGAGCUCUAUGCCCAGAAACUGAAGUACAAGGCCAUUAGCGACGAGCUGGACCACGCCCUCAAUGACAUGACCUCUAUAUAAACUGUCACCGUUUCUGCCCUGUUCUGGAUCUGCCCCCUUUCCUUGGGGAACCCAACACCCCACUCGCUCUGGAUUCCAUUUGGGUCAGCCUGGCUGGUUCCUACAGCCUUAGGGCUGGAGGGCCUUGGGGGGGGGCACACAAAGCAAUUUACAUAUUUGCUUUCCAACCCCAUAUUAAAAUGUUAAGCUGCCAGAAGCCUCACGGCCUCUUGCAUUUGUGUUAUUGACAAAGUUGUUGGUGUACAUAAGAAGGAGUCCUGCCAGUGUGAUGUGGGGACAGCUGUAUUAGGCUUCCCCUCUUCCAACUUCUGUAUGAUCAAAGCUACUUUGUGUGUGUGUUUUUCUUGACACUUAAACUUGCUGAUUGGAGUCUUGUCCGAGUGACCAGUAAAGGCUUCUCAUGGUGGGAAGUCUGGUGCUAUUCCUCAAACCUUACUGAGGAGUUCUUACAUAGCCCACCUGGACAUUUUCAUUCUUUUAGCCCCUCUCCCGUACAGUAAGGUCAGUGACCAUUGAUUUAGCUCCUAUCACUCUGCCCUUUUGCCCAAGACUCAGAAACUACAUCCUCGGACCCAUCCUUACAGUUAAGUGAUCAUCCCAACUCACAGAGGAAGGUGUAACAUGGCGGGUUGGAUUCUUGAUAGAUAGGUGUUUCAUCUUUAAGCCUUUCUCAUUUCUCGCUCACUCGAGGCUGCUGCCAUUGUCCUCUAUAGGACGCACACGGCAAAUGAUGGGCAAAGGGAAAACAGCUAGUCAUGCAUAUUUCAAACAACAUACACGUGAGGGUAAUGACUUACUACUAAACUUCAUAGUCAAGUUCUUCUUGGUACACAUUGUAGAAUUGAAUAUCAACACUUCACAGCUGUUCCAGUUUAUACAGCAGAUACAUUUGGUAUCACAGCUAAAUGCUGCAUAGUAUUUCAGUUUCUUAGCAGAGUACAUAUUUGAAACUUGCCUUUUCAGUAUCCAGGGCUAUGAAUGUGGCACAGGGAGAGUGUCACCCAAUGUACACAAGGCUCUUGAGUUUGAACCCCAGUACUACAAAGAGAGAAAGGGAAGCUAUAGCUAGGUAGAGAAGCUCUCUCCCAAGCCAGGUUCCUUUGCCUACACUAUCCCUGCCACGUAGCCUUUGAGAUGAAGUCGAGGUUGAUUUGUGUGGCAGGCAGGGCCUGGUGUUUUCUUUUUGUGUUUUUUUUUUUUUGAUUUUUUAUUUAUUAUAUGUAAGUACACUGUAGCUGUUAUCAGACACUCCAGAAGAGGGCAUCAGAUUUCGUUAUGGAUGGUUGUGAGCCACCAUGUGGUUGCUGGGAUUUGAACUCGGGACCUUCGGAAGAGCAGUCGGCGCUCUUAACCACUGAUCCAUCUUGCCAGCCCGGUGUUUUCUAGCUCUCCUGUCCUAAUAGACAUUAACGCAGCUGAGGAGCCCCCUGCAUGUAGGUUGCUCUGAGUCUAAAGUACAAGCCUAAAGCUAAAGCUGUUGUUGAGCUGCACAUAGUAAAGGUCAGGGUGCACAUAGUAAAGGGAGGGGUGCUGCUGUCACGGUGACCUCCAAAUUAGAAUUUUGAGCUCUUUGUCUUUUUGAGUAAGUUUUACACUAGCCCUGGAUGUCCUAGAACUCAGUCUAUGCCCAAGCUGUCCUUGAACUCACGGCAGUCCUUCCUCUGCCUCUCAAGACAGCACCACCAACUGUACUGUAUGAGGUGUGUUCAUUGUGUUUGGUUUGGUGGUGCAGAACUCUGAACCCAGAGCCUUGAGCUCCAUCACCAGCCCCAGGAUUGGCUUUUCAUGAGCAGAAUGCAGUUUAGAGGUAGUCAAGACUCAGUAUUCCAGCCACAGAAACACAGAGUGAAGAAGCUUAGCUAGGGAGGAACACAGUAGCUCUGCAGGUUUGUGGGCAGGAUGGUUGCCGAAGCUUUGUCCUUGUCAGAUAGCUGAGGGAGACGCCACUGUAGUUUAUGAACUAGUGUGUGCUCCGAAAAGAAUGAAAGUUGUUGCAUCUGGGCAUGGUGGCUAAGCCUGUACCCAGCAUUCUGGAGACUAAGGAAGGAAGAUCAAAAGUUCAAGGCCACACACACUAAACUACAUAACAAGACCCUGGGUCAAAAAUAAUAAACAAGGCUGGGUGUGGUGGUAUAUGCCUCUUUAAUCUCAACAUACGGAUCUCUGACUUCGAGGUCAGUACUGUCUAUAUAACAAGUUCUGGGCCAGCCAGUAUAGUGAGAUUCUUUUAAGACAACAACUUUUACUGGGUGGUAUACGCCUUUAUUCCCAGCACUUAGAAGGCAUAUAUGAGUUUGAGACAAGCUUGGUCUACAGAACCAGUCCCAGGACAUCCAGGGCUACGUUGAGAACACUGCACAAAAACAAAAAACUUUUCCAAGUAAAAAAAUAGUAUAUUUGGUAUGUGUAUAUACAUAUAUAUUGGGUUGAGUGUUCUGGCCCCAAGUUACAGAUGUUUGCGUAUCAUUGUACUAGCUAAUAUUGGUCUGCUAUCUUUGUUUUCAAAUCGACUCUUGCUUUUAAAAUGUUUUAAAGUUCACAAGAUAAACAGUAACAUGCACACACCACUAACCAAGAAUAUGCUGUACUUCGGGAAAUGCUAGAUUAGGCUGCAGAUUUCUCUAUUUUUCUGAGCCAGGGUCUCACUGUGUAGCUAUGGCUAACCUGAGACACAGCAGUCCUCUAAUCUCAGCCUCCAGUGAGCUGGGUAACAGGCAUGCACAGCCCUGCCUGAUAAGAUAAACACUUUGACAACUAAGUGUGCAGAGGUAAAGUUAGGUAACUGGUUUUGAGACUGAGAAAGUGAUUUCAUGAAAGAUGGUAGGGAGCUAAUGUCCUGGCUUGGAAUUUGGGAAGCAGGAGAAGCAUAUGUCUGAGAAACUCGUGGUCAACGAGGGGAGGAGCUGAUAGAAAUUUUGGAAUCCAAACGGUAUUUUAAGGGUAUAUCCAAGGUAUUUUAAGUUAUAAAGAUGCUAGUCAUAGUGCUACAUUCCUUUAACCCCAUCACCCGGGCAGAGGAAAGCCAGUCUACAUAGUUCAGGACAGCCAGUAGUACAAAGAGAGACCCUGUCUGAAAGAAAGAAGUGAAGAAAGAGAAAAAAAAGAAAGCAAAAUCAACCACUGCAGGCGUGGAAAGGUUAAAUACAGAGAAAAGCUAAGUUGGGCAGGAAGUCAAAGGAACUUGUUUGAAGGGAUAAGGGAUAGAGGAGAGGGAGGGGCAGCUCA